AAGUUUUACACGCAGUGAGCAAACCUUAAUAUUCUUUGUUUUUGUCAGAACAGCGAAAAUUUAUAGUACGAUUUUAAAGACAUGGCGGAUUCAACUUUGAAUUGGUGUCUCAUUGAAAGUGAUCCUGGCGUUUUUACUGAAUUAAUAAAAGAAUUUGGCGUUCAAGGAUUACAAGUCGAAGAAUUGUGGAGUUUAGAUGAUGAUCAAUUCGAAAAUUUGAAACCUGUUCACGGUUUAAUAUUUUUAUUUAAAUGGGUUCAUGACGAUGAACCAUUAGGAACUUUGGUUCAGGACAGUCGACUUGAUAAAAUCUUUUUCGCUAAACAGGUUAUCAACAAUGCUUGUGCGACUCAAGCGAUUCUAAGCGUUUUACUUAAUUGCAAGCAUUCAGAUGUUGCUUUAGGACCAAAUUUAGAGGAAUUUAAAAAUUUUUGUCAAAGUUUUGACGCUAAUAUGCGCGGUUUAGCUUUGAGUAACUCAGACGUCAUUAGACAAGUUCACAACUCAUUUGCCAGACAAACACUUUUUGAAUAUGAUUCGAAAUUAUCCGGAAAGGAUGAAGACGUAUUUCAUUUUGUAAGCUAUUUACCAAUUGAUGGACGACUAUACGAAUUGGACGGUUUGAAGGACGGACCAAUGGACUUAGGUCCUUGCCCAUCCGGAGAUCAAUGGGUACAAGCUGUGAAACCAAUUAUUCAAAAAAGGAUAAACAAAUAUAACGAGGGCGAAAUACAUUUCAAUUUAAUGGCCGUGGUGUCCGAUAGAAAAAUGUUGUACGAACGAGAAAAGGCGAAAUGUGGCGAUCCAGCGGAAGUAGCACGUCUACAGGAAUUGAUUGAGGAAGAAGUUAGAAAAUUGAAACGAUAUCAGAUUGAAAAUAUUCGACGAAAACACAAUUAUCUACCGUUGAUUAUGGAAUUGUUGAAAGCACUAGCCAAAGAUGGAAAACUUGUUUCACUUUAUCAAAAGGCAAAGGAACGAGCAAUUGAGAAGGAAUCGAAAAAAAACAAAGUUUAAUUUUUUACUCAUAUUUCUCGAAAAUCGUAUUAAGCCUACAUUUUUGUUGGCUCCCUUUUUUACAUAGUGUGUACGAAUUUUCAUUACACUUCAAUAUAAUUAUAUUUACAGAAUUA